AUAGAAGAUAUUCAUCUGGAUCAGGCAAUGAAGACUAUACAGCUUCACUUCUAUCUGUUGAUGUGGUCUCAAGCCACAGAGAGUCUAACAAACAUAAACGUAACUUUAGGAGCUGAUGUGAAUAUAAGCUGUGAUCUUGAUAUAAAGGAGAUUUACUGGUACAAACUGAAAUUUCCGGAUCCUCCAGUGUCGAUCUUACGCACUUAUAAAAGUACAUAUGAAGGGGCUGAAUAUGAAAACAGCAUCUUCAAACACAAAUACUCAGUGAAAACUAACAGUCGCCUGUUCAUCAGAAAUAUCAGCACUGAUGAAUUAGGAGUUUAUUAUUGUGUCAAAACUAGUGAACCGCGGAAAUUCAGCAAUGGCACCAAAAUCGACAUCAGAGACAGUGACCAAAAGAAUAUAACAGACUCAGUCCACAGGAAUCAGACAGAUUCAAAUGAUUGUCCACAACAACAGACUCCAUGGACAAUUCCGAUGAUCACAUCUGUCCUGCUGAAUGCGCUUUUGAUCAUUGCAGUCAUAGGUUUGGUGAAGAGCUGCCGUGAUACAACUAAAACAAGUAAAAAAUCUUCAGAGAAACCUCAAAACACAAAUGAUCCACAGUAUGCUGAAAUUGAUUUCUCCAAGCCUUUGAGAAGAAGCAGGCCUUGCCCAGGACCAAAGCAGGACCAGACCACCUACUCUGUUCUACAGCCAGUAAAAAAGUAAAUAGUAUUAAUCGUUAUGUACCGUAUAUAAUAAAAUUAG